AUGCUUUCCAGUCUGACAACCAAGCUCGCACUGCGCAAAGUGGGCCUCAAGAGCGAUUCAUUUGACUUCUCAUCCCCGGCUGCUAAUAAGGGCAGCGACUCAAAGUCCGCUUUUGACAAUGACGACAGCACCGCGGCCGGCGGCUGGCCCGCGUGGAUGAGCACGCGAAAACUCCCCCUGACUGCUCAAGCCUGGCUCUCGCCCGUGCCGCCUCCCGUGCCCGUGGCCGACUGUCCCAAGGUCGGCGACCUCGCACCGCUCGACAGAGAUCGGCAGCUCAGUAUGGGCGGUGGCCGGAGAGUAGUGGUGCUAUUUAUGCGCUGCGUGGGAUGUGCCUUCGCACAGAAAUCUUUUCUAGCCCUACGCGCCAUGGCGAAUCGCUACCAGAGCACCGGCCUGCGGUGCAUCGCCGUGUCGCACUCGUCGCCCGAGGCCACGCGCAAGUGGAUCGAUCUGCUGGGCGGCGCCUGGAACGUCGAGGUGGUCGUGGACGAGGACCGCGCCAUCUAUGCGGCCUGGGGUCUGGGUCUAGGCACUGUCUGGUCCAUGUUCAACCCGGCGACGCAGCGCGAGGCGUGGAAGGAAAAGGGAUGGCUCGGCGAAAAGGUCGCCGGCGCCAUUACUAGAACCGGCAGCUUUGGCAAACAACUCAAUGGUAACGGGCCAGUAGGGGUGGCUACACAGCAACAGGCGGAAGAUGACGACGGGUUUGGUCCGAGUACCGUCAUGGGCAACAAAUGGCAACAGGCCGGACUUUUCGCCGUCGACGGGCGAGGCACCGUGGUUUGGGCUCAAAAGGCGCUGAGAGCAAACGACUGCCUGGACACCGAGUCUGCUGUGAAGGCGCUGGGACUAUAA